ACUACGUAAAUUAACAUUUACUCAAGUGCCUUGGCAUCCUCGAAGGUAAGGUGUGAUAAAUUUGCAAAGUAAUUAUUCUUUUAACUGAUGUUAUGAAAUAAUGCAGUCUACCGUACUAAGUAAUGUUUGGAAACUUGGGACUUAGUUGAACAUUUUAUUUAAUACUUGAAACUAACAUGCAGAGAUGAGUACCUUUUUGGUAAGGUAGGUGUGUAUUUGUUUUGUUUGUUUUGUUUUUUUUUUUGGUUUUAGGCUAAAGUUGCAACCUCUGACAUGGCCACAGCCUCCCCAAGAUCUGAUACAAGUAACAACCAUAAUGGAAGAGUACAGAUGCAAGUAACAGUUUCUAGUGCCAAACUGAAACGGAAAAAAAACUGGUUUGGAACAACUUUCUACACGGAAUUAACUGCAGAUGGAGAAAUCAAGAAAACAGCAAAAUCAAGUAGUUCUUCAAAUCCAAAAUGGGAUGAGCAGCUGACAGUGAAUGUGACUCCACAGACUACGCUGGAAUUUAGAGUGUGGAGCCAUCACACUUUAAAAGCAGAUGCUUUAUUAGGAAGAGCCACUGUAGACUUGAGACAAGCUUUGGAAAUACACAAUAGAAAAUUGGAGAAGGUGAAAGAACAGUUGAAACUAUCUCUGGAAAACAAGAGUGGCAUGGUGCAAACAGGUGAACUGACAGUUGUGCUAGAUGGUUUGGUUGUUGAACAAGAAUCUCUUACAAAUCUCAGUUCACCAGCAACCAUAGAAGUUCAGCAGAACGGUGAGGCUGUACAUGAAAACAGAGAUGCUUCGGCAAGAAGUGCAUCCAGAUCUGCUUGUGACAUUUCUAAUGGGCUAGACAAUCAAGUACCUUCAAACUCUGUAGUACAGAAUGUGUUCUGUAUAGAAGCUGUUAAUGGAGACAGCACACCAUCUCCUACUCACCUUGCGGCCAGACCCAAAAAUACACCAGUACCAAAACCACUUGCAGCUCAACCUGUCAACAACACUGUUAAUGGUGAGUCAUCCUCCUCGGCACCAGAAGCUGGUAGUUCUUCUGUCUCUGAGCCCCUGGUAGGUUCUGUAGAAGCUCCCACGUCUGCAGAUUGCACUAACACUACAGCAGAACCUCAGCCAACAACAGAAGCAACUGGUUGUUCUGAAAGCCACGCUUCUACGUUACCUGUUGUGUCUGCUGGACUUGAAGCUGCAACUACAACAGACUGUGCUCCACCUAAUUCCAGAAGCAGUACGGCAGCAGACACAGCAAAACCAAGAGAAUCCUCCUCAAGUACAUCUGGAGAACCUGUAAGACAGCAGCCUGGUAAUGCCAGUACAGAACCUUUGCCACCAGGAUGGGAGCAAAGAAAGGAUCCUCAUGGUAGAACCUAUUAUGUUGAUCACAACACACGAACUACUACAUGGGAAAGACCACAGCCCUUACCUCCAGGCUGGGAAAGAAGAGUUGAUGAUCGUGGAAGAGUUUACUAUGUGGAUCAUAAUACCAGAACAACAACAUGGCAGCGACCAACAAUGGAAUCAGUCAGGAACUUUGAGCAGUGGCAAUCUCAACGCAAUCAACUGCAGGGAGCUAUGCAACAAUUUAACCAACGAUACCUCUACUCGGCUUCAAUGUUGUCAGCAGAAAAUGAUCCACUUGGGCCUUUACCACCAGGUUGGGAAAGGAGAGUGGAUUCAAAUGAUAGGGUGUACUUUGUAAAUCAUAACACAAAGACAACACAGUGGGAAGACCCCCGAACUCAAGGUUUACAAAAUGAGGACCCUCUUCCAGAGGGCUGGGAAAUCAGAUACACUAGAGAAGGUGUCAGAUACUUUGUUGAUCAUAAUAUGAGAACCACCACCUUCAAUGAUCCUCGUACCGGGAAAUCUUCUGUAAAUAAAGGGCCACAGAUUGCUUAUGAACGUAGCUUUCGGUGGAAGCUUGCUCAUUUCCGUUACUUGUGUCAGUCCAAUGCACUACCAAGCCACGUGAAAAUCAAUGUAUCCAGACAGACUUUGUUUGAGGAUUCUUUCCAGCAAAUUAUGGCAUUAAAACCCUAUGAUUUGAGGAGAAGAUUAUAUGUUAUUUUCAGAGGAGAAGAAGGAUUGGAUUAUGGUGGCUUGGCAAGAGAAUGGUUUUUCUUGCUUUCCCAUGAAGUACUGAAUCCUAUGUACUGCCUAUUUGAAUAUGCUGGCAAGAGCAACUAUUGCCUGCAGAUAAAUCCAGCAUCAACAAUCAAUCCUGAUCAUCUUUCAUAUUUCUGUUUCAUUGGGCGCUUUAUUGCCAUGGCAUUGUUUCAUGGAAAAUUUAUUGACACUGGUUUUUCUCUGCCUUUCUACAAACGAAUGCUGAGCAAGAAACUUACUAUUAAGGACCUGGAGUCUAUUGAUACUGAAUUUUACAACUCCCUAAUUUGGAUAAGGGAUAACAAUAUUGAAGAGUGUAACUUGGAAAUGUACUUCUGUGUGGACAUGGAGCUCUUGGGAAAAGUAACCUCGCAUGAGCUGAAAUCAGGAGGUUCAAAUAUCUUGGUAACUGAGGAGAACAAAGAAGAAUAUAUUGGGUUAAUGGCAGAGUGGCGAUUUUCUCGAGGAGUUAGAGAACAAACCAAAGCUUUUCUUGAUGGUUUUAAUGAAGUUGUUCCCCUACAGUGGCUACACUAUUUUGAUGAGAAGGAGCUGGAGGUUAUGCUUUGUGGUAUGCAAGAGGUUGAUCUAGCAGACUGGCAACGGAACACUGUUUAUCGUCAUUAUACUAGGAAUAGCAAGCAGAUCAUGUGGUUCUGGCAGUUUGUAAAAGAGACGGACAACGAGGUUCGCAUGCGACUUUUGCAGUUUGUCACUGGCACUUGCCGAUUACCGCUGGGAGGAUUUGCUGAACUUAUGGGAAGUAAUGGUCCUCAGAAAUUCUGCAUUGAAAAAGUUGGCAAGGAAACCUGGUUACCAAGAAGUCACACCUGUUUUAAUCGUUUGGAUUUGCCACCAUAUAAGAGCUAUGAACAACUAAAAGAGAAGCUGCUCUUUGCCAUUGAAGAAACAGAGGGAUUUGGUCAAGAGUAGAAGUGGCUUCUGGUCGAAAAGGAGAUCUUGCAUAUUAGAAGGCCCUGCCAACUGAAAUUGCACACUUAAUUGUAUAUAAGCUGUUUGUUCUGUACAGUGAUCUUUCUGGAACUCUAAAAGUAUAAUUGUUCUCCGUUCUUCCACAAAGAUAUGCAAAACAGUUCAGCCUUUUCUACUUUUAUUUAUUGCCCUUCCAAAUAACCAGAAACCCCCCUCAUAAAUUUUUUAAGCAGACAAAAGACUUAUUUAAAAUAUAUAUUAAAAAUAUAAAUAUAUAUACUAACGGGCUCUAGUUUUAUAGAGCUUCAAAGUGUAUGAAACAUUGCAGCCAUUUAAAAGGGCCUGGAUUUACUUUAUCUUGGCUUUAUUAUUCAGAAAAAUGUUUAAACUGCUCUAUGUUCUCUCUUAAGAAACAUCUCCAAGUUUGUUCUAUUGCAUGGCUGUUCUAAAAGGAGUGAAAGGCUUAGGCCAAACGUAUCCGAAACAUGUAGAAAAAUGCUGCUGGUAUUUGAGAUGACAGAAUAUUCUGUCUGUUUAAUUUUUUUUUUUAAUACAUAAAUAGCUGAUAUAUCCCUCUCUCUUCUACACUGAUGUAGCCAAGGUCAUUAAUAAAGCCUUUAUUACUUGCACAAGAGUCAUGUACAAUAAGAUGAAUGUGAUUUCAUGUUGAAAGCAAUUGGUGCCACUGUUCUGACUUAUUGUAGGAGCUGAACAGACUAUUUUAAUUCAUUUGAGCAGCAUUGAAAUAUGUUUACAUAUUACCUUGGGUUAUUACCACGAGGAUGUUAGGUAAUCUUCAAAGAAAAAAGUAAUAAUAAAAGAGAAACUAU